AUGCAUGCCGUAACGUGUAUUUCAGAAGAUCAGACGUUGAAACGAUUCGACAACGUGCAGUACGACGAGUUAAUUGCGCCGAUGCGCGGCGGCCGAAUGACCAACGGCGGAGGCGGCGGCGUUGCGGCGGCCUCUUACGAGGGUUGGUCGAACGCCGAUCGCCACGGCUCAUUUCCUGACUGCAGCAGUGCUGAAACCGCCGAACAGCGACCCGCCAAGCGCCCGUGUGCAGCUGUACGGUCGUUUAUUUUCAGCAACAUGGCUAUCAAAACUGAAUGCGAUGACGAUGAAAACAUUCCAUUGAUAUUUCGGAAGCAGCAGCUGAAUAACAUGAACAGUUCGAAUGAUGUAAAAAGCUUUUCAGCGCAGAAGUACAAAUCGGAAGAAGCGAUGGAUGGUUACGAGACGAAGAAUCACGACCAUCGUAUAGCGCCAAGUUAUGCUACCACCUGUUUGAAUGAUGUUAAAGCUUCCGCGCAGAAAUUUGUGCCUGCGUCCAAAAACGAACUUGACAUUAAAAGCGAAGACCUCCAACCCCUUAGUCUGUAUUGUUCUCGUAUGACGAAGGCAGCUACUACUGAAAGUUCACAGUUGCAGCCGAAGAAAAGACGCCAGACGAUCAGUUCUGAUGACGAAGAUGAAAAACCCCUGCUGCUACGCGCCAAAAAGCCGUCAGUUAAGCCAGAAAGAGAUGUGAAAAUAAAUGAAAAUAGGGAACGAUCAAAAGUUAAAAAAGAAGAGAAAGUGCAACAACCGUCAAAGAACAAGUCUAAGCACAAAUCGCAGACUGGAGACGUCAAAACAGAAAAUGCCAACGAGCCAAUCAGGAAGCGGAGAAAGAAGGACGAGGAUGAGACUGAAAUAUGGAAAUGGUGGGAAGAGGAACCGCGGGAAGAAGGCAUCAAGUGGAAGUUCCUGGAACACAAAGGCCCCUUGUUCGCUCCUGCCUAUGAUCCCCUGCCGGCGGACGUUCGUUUUUACUAUGAAGGGAAGCCUAUCAGGUUAAGUUCUGCCGCCGAAGAAGUUGCCACGUUCUAUGGCAAAAUGCUUGACCACGAGUACACUACCAAGGAGGUGUUUAACAAUAACUUUUUUGGCGACUGGCGGAAGGUAAUGACGCAUGAAGAGCGCGAGCUGAUCAAAGACUUGAAGCGAUGCGAUUUUCGGGAAAUAAAUGCAUACUUCAAGAAAUUGUCAGAAGAAAGGAAAAGCAUGGGCAAGGAAGAAAAGGAGGUAAGUAGGCGCCGAGAGCUUUUGCUAACGAUCUUCGUCCUCUUUGAUGUCGGAACUUAA